AGGAAGGAGAAAAUAUUUUCUAUCUUGCUGUGGACGAUAUUGAAACAGACACAGAACUUCUGAUUGGUUACUUGGACAGUGACAUGGAAGAAGAGGAGGAGGAUGAGGAGGAAGUAACUGUUAUUCAGGAAGAUGAAGACAGUGGCAACAAUAAAGAAGUGCAACCAGCCAGUGAAAAGAUUGCAGAUUCCCUCACUUGUAAAGAGGACCAUGCAUGCCCAAACUGUGAGUCCAGCUUUGCAAGCCAGGAGAUUCUAGCUGAACAUCUUCAGACAUUGCACCAAAAACCCAGUGAGGAAAAGGAAUUUAAGUGCCGAAACUGUGGAAAGAAGUUCCCUGUUAAACAAGCUCUACAAAGACAUGUACUUCAGUGCACAGAGAAUAUCAACCCAGGAGACUCUUCAAGAAGUUUUCAGUGUUCUGUUUGCAAUACUUCCUUCAGCUCAGAAUCGAGUUAUGAACAGCACAAGGAGGCAUGCAGAGGGGAUGCCAGAUUCAUAUGCAAGGCAGAUAGCUGCGGGAAGAGGUUCAAGAGUAAGGAUGCCCUGAAAAAACAUAAAGAAAAUGUUCAUAGUGGAAAUUCUAGGAAAAAGCUGACGUGUUCAGUGUGCAAUAAGAAAUGUUCCUCAACAACAAAUCUCCAAGAGCAUCGAAAGGUUCAUGAGACCUUUGAGUGUCAGGAAUGUGACAAGAGAUUUAUUUCAGCUAACCAGCUAAAACGCCAUAUGAUAACUCAUUCAGAACAGGUACAGCACAGACAUCAGCACUGCGAGCUUCCCCACAGUGUCUCGUCAAUAUGUCUCAACCCUGUUCUGGAGGAACCACCUGUUGAGACCCAUUCUGAAGAGAGACCAUUCCAGUGUGAGGAAUGCAAAGCUUUGUUCCGAACUCCAUUCUCUCUACAAAGACAUCUACUAAUUCAUAACAGUGAGAGGACCUUCAAGUGUGAUCACUGUGAUGCUACUUUCAAAAGAAAGGACACCUUAAAUGUUCAUAUUCAAGUUGUACAUGAUGGACAUAAGAAAUACAAGUGCGAUCUCUGUGACAAAGCUUUUGUGACACCUUCAGUCCUGAAAAGUCAUAAAAAAACUCACACAGGUGAAAAAGAAAAAAUUUGCCCAUAUUGUGGACAGAAAUUUGCAAGCAAUGGAACACUGAGAGUUCAUAUUCGAAGCCAUACAGGCGAGCGUCCUUACCAGUGUCCUUACUGUGACAAAGCUUUCAGCAAGAAUGAUGGACUGAAGAUGCAUAUUCGCACCCACACAAGGGAAAAGCCAUACCAAUGUUCUGAAUGUAACAAGGCUUUCAGUCAAAAACGAGGCCUAGAUGAGCACAUGAGAACCCACACCGGAGAGAAGCCGUUUCAGUGUGAUGUUUGUGAUUUGUCCUUCAGCCUGAAGAAAAUGCUGAUUCGACAUAAGCUGACUCACAACCCCAAUCGACCAAUGGCAGAAUGCCAGCUUUGCCACAAGAAGUUUACAAGAAAUGACUACCUCAAAGUGCACAUGGAAAAUGUCCAUGGUGAAACUGACAGCUAAUUAUGAUGUGUGAGAAGAAUGGAUCUCAUGUUCCAAAGUGUUCCACUUGUAUGUGUACAUACUCCAGACUUCUCACCUGACUAGUAGGCAUAGUCAGGAGAAACAACUGUGUUCGCAUGUUAUUUUUCUCACUUUUUUAUAUGGUAGCAGUACAGAAAAAAAGGCAAUCACUUGAAGGAAAAUAAGAAGUUGAAAAUAAGAAGUUGAAGAGACAAUUUAAAAGAAACAAACUAAAAAAUCCAACCAGCUCUAAAUAAAUUUUGCUUUCUCAACUCCUGCCUUAGAAACCUAGAUAUUAGUGAUGCUGCCUGGAAAGCUUGUACAUUUCAACCCCUGGCUGUCUGCAACCAUUUCUAUAUCUAAGCUUCACGCUCCAUUACAAAUCUUAAAGUGGAAGCCAGACAGAAUUUGUCUAUGUGAUUGAUUGCUGAUUCUAUUCAGGCAUAUUUUAUUCAAUUCUUAUAAUGCCGCAUUUUAUUGUGACAUGACUUUAUCUCACUUUAUUUACAGCUUUCUUAUUACUAGAUGGAACUGAUUAACUUGAAUUGAUUCUUGAGAUGUCAGGAUGUAUGGACAUAGAAACUGUGGAAAUCUGUCAACUUAGGUUCUAGACAAUGACAGAAAUGCUUGUGGUUGUGUGUAACAUGACAGAAGUAAAAAAAAAAAAAUAAACAAUGUAGUUCAACUAUUAUAUUCAUACUCAUCACUGUAACUGGCAAGGUAAGUGGAAAGACUUCCUGAGUGAGUGGCUUGAGCAGCUCCAGCUGUCUGGUUAAUAUGUAUUUGAUUUUCUGGUGAACAGCUAGUUCCCAGUCUUUCCUACUGCUAAAUCAGAUGCCCUUGUUUUCUUCAUCCCAUUUAACUACCUUUGUUUUGUUAAUCUUGUUAAUGAGCCAUGGGAGAAAUAAACCUAGGUAACAAAAUGAAAUUCUCCCAAAUAUCACAUUGAGUUGUUUACUGGAGUAAAAUUCUGGAAAAGAAUUGCUGCAGGUCUUCUUUAUAUCACAUUUAGAUAACUAAGAAAUUGUUAUUUACAAGAGUAGAAAAAAUGUAACUUCAGAGUGAUUGGAUUUGAAAAUCCUGAGAUAUCAGCAGUUAAUAUUAAGACUGUCACUGGCCAAUUUUUCGUAUUUAUUUUAGACAAUGUUUUAUAAAAUGAACUAGUGUUGAAACACCUUGGUUCUAGUUUUUAUGGGAAGAGAGUUCAGGUUUUCUGAACUGCAGUGGCAACAACUGAAUGAACAGCAUGAUUUUUUUUUUUUUAAUCUCUCUUCUCAGAUCUGUCUUUUGUGAUAGAUUUUUCAACCACCACAGCACCAGCACAGAAAUAGCAAUAGAUCUUUCCUGAGCUACAUGUGACCAGUUUGGCUUUAAUGAGUUACCUGCAAGGUUUCUGCUGGCAAUGGUGUGAUCUUUAGCUGAAUCUGCAAAUUUGAAAUUAGAACCAUGUCCUCUAGAUAUUUAAAAGGAAUAAGACUUAGUUAGGCAAUAGGUGUAGUCUGCCAGACUGUAUUGUAAGUGUGUAAAAUAAUCCAUGGCAUUUACCUACUGAGAUAAAUUCAAAUGAAGAGAGUUCUGAAAGAGAAUUGCAUGUGAGGAACAGUUAAUAUUAUGUUGCUCCUUAACAUACCACUUCAGUGUGGAACAAGUUGCAUAGAUGUCAUGCUGGUGUGU